GGGACUUCCUGUACCAGGCCGACCCUCUAUCUCCGGAAGAUCUGAACUCUGGAUAAGACCGGCUGCGGAGCGAGCGGGGCGGCCCCCAUCCCAAGAAGAUGGCUGAUCCUUGGCAGGAGUGCAUGGAUUAUGCAGUCACCCUAGCAAGACAAGCUGGAGAGGUGAUUUGUGAAGCUCUAAAACAUGAAAUGAAUGUUAUGAUUAAAAGUUCUCCAGCUGAUUUGGUAACUGCUACUGACCAAAAAGUUGAAAAAAUGCUCAUCUCUUCCAUAAAGGAAAAGUAUCCAUCUCACAGCUUCAUUGGUGAGGAGUCUGUAGCAGCUGGGGAAAAAAGUGUCUUAACCGACAAUCCCACAUGGAUCAUUGACCCUAUUGACGGAACAACUAACUUUGUACAUAGAUUUCCUUUUGUAGCUGUUUCGAUUGGCUUUGUUGUAAAUAAAAAGAUGGAAUUUGGAGUUGUGUACAGUUGUGUGGAAGAUAAGAUGUAUACUGGCAGGAAAGGAAAAGGUGCCUUUUGUAAUGGCCAGAAACUACAGGUUUCACAACAAGAAGAUAUUACCAAAUCACUGUUGGUGACAGAGUUGGGCUCCUCCAGAACUCCAGAGACUAUAAGAAUCGUUCUUUCUAAUAUGGAAAAGCUUUUUUCCAUUCCUAUUCAUGGAAUCCGGAGUGUUGGAACGGCAGCUGUUAAUAUGUGCCUGGUGGCAACUGGAGGGGCAGAUGCUUAUUAUGAGAUGGGAAUUCACUGCUGGGAUAUGGCAGGAGCUGGCAUCAUCGUCACUGAAGCCGGGGGAGUGCUAAUGGAUGUAACAGGUGGACCAUUUGAUUUGAUGUCACGAAGAAUAAUCGCUGCAAAUAGUAGAGCGUUAGCUGAAAGGAUAGCCAAAGAAAUUCAGAUAGUACCUUUGCAAAGAGAUGACGAAGACUAAUGACAUCAGCCUCCUACUCAGUCACAGUUGCUUGUCCCCAGGUUUGCUGAUGUGCUUGUGUGUAUCUAUGGCAGUUGUGUGGUAUUGGGGUGGGGCUGUAGCUCAGUGCAGAGAGCUUUCCCACGUGCACAAGGCCCUGGGUCCCAACCCAGUACUCUAAACAAGAAAAGGGAAAGUAAGGUGUAUGAUAUGAUUGAUUUAAAUUGUCUUUGGUGUCUUCAUUUAUAAACGGGAACUUUUUCUGUGGACUAACUGCAAAAACACAUGUAAUGUUUACUUUAAAUUUUUUUGCAUAUGAGUAUACUUCAGGAAAAAUAUGCAGGAAUUAUAGUUCAUGACCUGUACAUUGAAAUAGCCAACUAGCAUUUUGUGUUUCUAAGUAUACAUGAUCCUCUGAACUUUUGAGUUACUAUUUAUAUGCAUAAACAGUUAAUUAGAAAGUUAUCUUUUUGGAAAAAUAUUUUCCUUUUCUCCAAAAGCCAUAUUUAAGUUUGUAAGGAUAUAAUCUAAGUAUUUCUUAGACUAAAGGUUUCUUUCUUUCUUAGCAGAAAAACUUAUUUGUUUUAUUUAUCAUUGUACACCUAGCUCAGUACCUGUCAAAUAGUAGUCUAUCCAAAAGUAUUUUUAAGAAUGAAAUUUUUUUGUUUGUUGAAGGGUAGUGGGUUUUGAACUCAGGGCCUCAUGCUUGAUAGGCAGACC